CAGCGUUCGGUUGUGUUGCCGCUUGGAUUAUUUUUCGCGCAGGUUGUCCAGCACUGUUCCUCGUCUCCCGUUGAUGAUACUGCAGGUGGAGAAAAUGACCUUGCUGCACUGGAGCAGUUGUGUUUUUCUCGCUCCAUGAACUGGGAUGGCUGGCAUGAGCCUACGAGCGUUCAAAGGGUCCGUGCCAAAUAUGAAGAACUCCCCUCUGGUACAAGUACAACUACUUAUCCGUCCGGGACCGGUAUUAGGCUUAGUACUAUUGUUAAGGCUAAAAAUAUACUAAUACGAAUACCUAGCUACUAGCAGGACGAGGAGGGAUCGAAGACCCUCAACAGAAUUUUUCGUUUCUUGCCCUCACUUUUCCAACAAGAAAAAGAGUGGUCCAGGGAACAUCAUAAAUGGUGGUCGGGAUACGUUCUAAACAAAAAAAUGCGAUACAUAAGAAGACAGUACAACUUGUUCUAAUGUUGUUGAUGAGGAUGAAGAAGAAAAAGAUGAUGAAAAGAGCAUAAAUAUAGAGAUCCCUUGGGUCAAGGAAGGGCAAGUCUUUGCGAAGAAUGGAGACUAUGAAAGCGCUAUUGAUGUCUAUCGACAGGCCGUUCGGGCAGAGCCGUUCCGUUUCGAUCUUUGGAACGUUUACGCCGCUGCUCACAUCGCUACCGCUAUUUCGGCCCUCCAAUCGCUAUCCCUACUGCAGACGAGCGAACAGAUGGAAAAAGCAAGAAGGAAAAAGGGGUCCAAGAAGAGCAAGAAAUCGGACAAGCUUAUGGCGCCAUAACAGACUCAAAUAAAAGUCCACCUUUUGACUCCGAAUCUUUCUGUUCCUUCAUUCUCUUUUUCUAGGUAGUUAAAUAGAUAACCAAAUUCAGUUUUUAGGAGACAAACUGGACAAAAUUGUAACAGCAAGAUGAAGAAAAAUCUACUAUGGUAAUGGUUAUGGUAUCAUCAGUAUAUGGAUUAUAUCUCGUUCGAUAGAUACGGUGAGCGCUAAUACCGGCAGAAGGAGAGAUGGAGACGAUGAAGACCAGACGAGUAAAAUCGAGAACAUCAAUUUUAUUCCUGUUAUUGACCGUGAUCGGCUCAUGCAGCUUUUAUCUUCAGACAAGAUGGAUGAAGGCAACGGCAAGAAAAAAGGGAAGAAAGAUAAGAAGACUGGGAAAAAUAGAGAAGGUAAGAAGGCAGGUUCGUACAAGG